UAUAAUAAAAGAGAGCAAUCUCCCCAUUACUCCUCUCUCUGCUUGUUCUGCGUGAUGUGUACAGGAGCUUUGAGUUGGAACGACCGGCAGCACACACAUCGGACCGAUCCGUGAUUCCCAGUCUCCCUGAGGGGACCACUUCUUUCACCAUCGCUUCCAGCAAAAAGAAAUCAAACAAACCGUUCCACACGUCACACUUCUCACGUUUCUUCAUCGCCCUUCAGAUUCGUUUUUUUCCAUGAUGGCCGACUGGACUUGGGUGGUCUACACGGGCCUGGAGGUGCUGAUUGCGCUGGUCUGUUGCCUGGGCAACGCCUUGGUUGUGUUCGCUGUGUGCGUUGGCAUCAAGGGGGCCCUGCACGAGCCAACUUUCUGCUUCGUGGUUUCCCUGGCAGCGGCUGACUUCCUGGUGGGCGUGGCCGCCGUGCCGCUGGCCGUGCUGCUGGAUGGCUGGGUGCAUCUGGCGCCGCAGCUCUGCCUGCUGCUGAGCUGCGUGGUUCUGGUGCUGACCCAGGCCUCGGUGCUGUCCCUGCUCGCCAUCGCAGUGGACCGCCACCUACGCCUGCAAACCCCGCUCAGUUAUCAAAAACUGACCAGACCAAGCCAAACAUGGCUGACUGUCGCCAUCUGCUGGUCACUGUCAUGCGUACUGGGCCUCACUCCUCUGUUCGGGUGGAACAACUUCUCCACCAUGGCUCCGCCGUGCGGCAAGAACGAAUCCAAUGAAUUGCCCGUCCUGGUCGCUCCACCCUGCACAUUUCUCUCCACGAUCUCCCUGCCGUUCAUGGUCUACUUCAACUUCCUGGGAUGCGUUCUGCUCCCCCUGCUGGCCAUGACCCUGCUCUACGUGCGGAUCUUCUGGAGCCUCCAGGGCCGUCUACGAGACAGCACUCCCCAGGCACGGGUGUCCCUGCUCAGGGAGAGAAGACUCGCCUGCUCCCUGGCAUUGGUGCUCUUCCUUUUCGCAGGCUGCUGGAUGCCCCUGCAUGUGAUGAACUGUCUGCUACUCUUCUGGGGUCCUCAGACAGUCACUAAAGGAGCCAUGUAUACAGGUAUCCUCCUGUCCCACGCUAACUCGGCAGUCAACCCGGUGGUCUAUGCCUACCGAAUACCAAAGAUCCAGCAGGCCUACGCCAACAUUUGGAGGCGCGUCCUCGCCGUGAUGAGCGGUCGCUGUGGGGAGCAGCGUGGUGAACGGGCGGGGUCAGGCAGCAGAAUCAGAUGGACGGAGAGCGUUGAAUCGGUGAAUCCAGCUGUUGAAGUCAGCAGUAGGAUUAAUCCACCCCAGAACCUUUGACUCCUAAACCCCAAAACCAUAUGCGACGUUUAGGCCUACUAUUCCUUUUAGCAUUUCACUUGACUUUGAAUUAAGAAAAGCAAUCCAGCAAUGUCGUUUUUUGGUCUUAGAUGUAAAUGGCAAUUACAACUCUUUUUUUAGGAUUUUAAUACUGUGAAUAUGUAGGCUACAUGUUGAUUUCAUACAAGAAGUCUAUGUUACAUUGCCAUUUAGUCAGAGAAGUUUAAAAUGAAUGAAGAAUAGCAUAUAUGCAUGCACAUGUGUCAAUGGUACUUGUCCAUGCUGUUAACCUCGAGGUUCUCCAGAUUUAGGAAGACCGUGAUCACUCUCGUAGCAAAAGGCAUACAACACUGCCCUUAUUAUGUAGAAACAGAUAGUCAUAUCAAAUUAAACAUAAGAAACUCCGCUACAAGCACAUAUAAGUCAUUUUUACACACAACGCAAACACCAAGAAUAUUAAUUAGACAAAUUAGACAAUUAAAAAUAGGCUGGAGCUUAAGAGGCUGAAUACCCAAACAGCAUAGAGUGACUGAGGAGAAGCUUAUCAUGUCUCCUUUCAAACAUAGGUAUACUGUACAUGUGUCAUAUUUUGGAAGAUAUUGUUCAUCUUCUGAACGUAAAGAUUAUAUGCGGAUAUUUUAAAUAUAAAAUGUAAAUAUUGAGCAGUAAAUAAAUGUUUUAUUUUCUCUAAACCAACUUCCUGGUGGAAGCAUGUCAACGUCUGUAGUCAAACAGCUUUAUUGUGGUUAAAUCCUCAGCAGGCCUAUUAGGACGUAUUUACUCACUUUAUUGACUUAUUUAGUUUCCCAGGAAUAAAUAUCGGAUCGAGAGGGUGAGUUAAGGUGUUUACUCCUCUUGCUGUACACAUAUUUAUCCGCUAGAAGGUGCACUUCCCUAACAAUCGUUUUUUGGUUAUCACAAAGUAUACCUAAAAACCGAGACUGACAGUCAAACCAUCACAAAAUUCCUUAAAUAGUCAAAUGAUCUCCAUUAACCACAGUAUACAACUUACAUUGUACAUCUGGUCAAACUUUAGAAUAGGACUUGAUGAUGUGAAUAGUAAAUAUAUUAAUAAAUUAUGAUGUACAAUAUAUAAAUCCAUUUUAUUUGUAAUUACCCUGGAAAAAAAUAUAUAUUUAAAAUAUUAAAUAUAGUAUUAACAAUAAGGCUAGGUCUAGUUUAAAAACAUUGAAUAGGCUUUUGAAAACAUAGAAAGCAGAUUUGAACCAUUUAUGGUCAUACAUUCUCUUCAUUGAUAAGGUUCAACUCUCUCUGUCAUUUGUCAGUCAGACAGUCUGCUGUUCCAGGAAAGUCCCUGACAGCAGUUCAUUGGUUGACCAAAAACCUUGGUUAGGGGAACAUAAUGAUCCAGGGAGAAUCCAUUUCUAUAUGUCAUCCGUCAAACUUUAUUAAUCAAGGCUUCAUAGUUUAUUUACAUCAAUAAAUUAAAAAACAAUUUGUCACGCCUUAAACUAGUCUCAGAUAAAGUACAAUCAAAUAAAAAACCUCAGCUUUUGAACUAUAAAAUAUUUAGAAUGACAAGCAUAACUCUUAUGAAACAAAGCACUUAUGAAACAAUCUUGUUCUGAACAAACAUUUUCAAUUUCCUAAAUGAUACGUUGACAUUGAAAUAAUGAUGUUCUUCUGUUGAUGGUCCUUUGUAUGUGUUUAGUGUGGUCCUCAGGGAAGGCAAUAGACUGUAUAGUUAUCACCUGAGCAGGGCUGAUCCCUCCCACCAAACUAUACAACCUACUACCUCACCCUGACAGAACACAUAGGAACCUGAACACGACCCCAUCUAGACCCAGUCACAGUCGGUCUGUUUCUGGACGAAGACAUGGAGGAUAAAUAAAAGAGAUGAUUUGAUAUGGCGGCUGUAAUGCUGACUCAGAGAUGGCUGCUGCGGAUUGGCUGACCUGGCUGUCUCCUUAGGAAAGACAGUAGAUUGUAUAGUUAUCUCAGAUUGGGGUGCACAACCCCACAACUAUUCAAUCUACUACCUCAGCCCCAAGGACAGCAUUCUUGUGUUGCAACAUCCAGGAUCCUCACAGAUGAGAUUCCUGUAAUGAUACAGAGAAAAAGAGACAAAAAACAGUUUUAUCGAUCUGAUUUGCUUUUGCUAUGCAAUAAUGUCAUUUAUAAUUAUGAAUGUAUUUAACGAGGGUCCACAUCAGUGGUCACUGGUGAAGUUAAGACAAAGUAAAUAAAUCAAUUAUUUACAAUUCUAAUAUUGAAAGCUAUGUUUGAUCUUCCACAUUUUCUCCUUUUUCAUAUUCCUAUGAUGGCUU